GUGGUCUUUAGAUUCAUAGUCAAAAGAAAGGCGGGUUUUGAGCAAAUUCUUAAAGGAGCAUCUUAUUCAAGAUAAUCUUAUUUGAAAACGUCUUAACGUGAUUCAUAAAUCCAUUUAAGCAUGGGAUUAAGACUAUCUUAUUAAUCAUGAAUUCAUAGUCAUUAAAGACCAUCUUAUUUCACGUCAUUUCACGUACACACUGACAAAUAAGACGAUCUUUACCAAGAGAUGUCCGAGGACCUCUUGAGCAACAUAUUAUUGCAUUUUGGUUGUAUCUUUUGGUUUUAGAAUGAAUUUAGAGAAUCCAAGAAAUUUGGAUUUCCAUAUAAAUUUUUCUAGUGACGAAGAAGGAGUAGAAGAUGCGAUAAGGCGUGCUCCUAAACGUUAUCUUCGUGAUUUUCAAAAUCCUUUUGAAUUUUAUAGUGAAAUAGAAUUUAAAAGAAGAUUUCGGUUUUCCAAAAAUUCCGUGUUGUUUGGGAUUUUUCCUUUAAUAGAGCAAGGACUUGCCAAAAUAAACAAUCGAGCAUCUCUGGAAUCAGCUCGACAAGACGCUGCCAAUUAUCAAACAACAGAAAAACGAAAAAGGCAACAUUUUCCAUGCAAUCGUUAUAGCAGUGAGAAAGAGGAAGAUGAAACAAGUUCCCAAACUGCAGCGAAUAUUAUGUUGAAAGAUGUAAAUCAACGUUUAACCAAAAUAGAAACUGCUCUCAAGAAUCAUUCUCAAAAAUCUUUUAAUGUCGUUGAAAAUACUCUUAUUGCAAAAUUUUUACCUCUUACUACAAUAGAGAAUAUAAAGGAAUUCGAUGUAUUACUAAAAACUACGGAUGAGGCAGUGACGCAAUUUAAAGAAUUUAUUUCGAAAAUAGGAGGAAAUAAUUCCAGAGAUAAUAUCCAUCGAACUCUCAGAAAAAUAUUUACAAAUGAAUGUGCUAUGAACUGUUCGUGGAAAGGAUUGCGAAAUAAUUUUCGAAUCGUGGACUUGUACAUCACGAAACUUAUAAAAAGAGAAAUAAUCUCGUGCUACAUAAACUUGACGGAAUCAGAAUAUAAUAUAAUUCAUAGGAGAACAAGAAUAAUUGUAGAAAGAACGUUUGGUAUGUGGAAACGUAGAUUUCCUUGUUUGUCAAAAGGGCUUACUACAAAAUUGUCUACGUCUACAACAAUCAUUGUGGCAUGUGCUGUUCUUCAUAAUUUAUCAUUAAUUUUUAAUGAUAAAUUAGACGAUGAUGAUGAUGAUGAAGAAUUAGAAAAUGCAAAUAACGAAGUUUCAGAGAUCCAGCCUCACUGGCAGCCUGGAGAUGGCUUUCUCGUAAGAAAUGCUCUUAUCGAACGACUAUUUAGAUAAAAUUUCCUUUAAAUA